UUUUAACCUCUGGAAGAUGAUGGAGUACAUUUCCGAGGUGCGUAACUCGAUAAAUUUGUCGCCAUAAUUCACUGCUUCUCUACUUUUACUGCAUACUUUUCUCUGCCUUCUCGGGACCCAGAUAUGCGUCUUUAUAUAUCAGACUACAAUUCUAAGCUGCUCUCUCGAUAUCUGCGUGCGUUAGUGCGCUCUCUCUCUCUCUCUAUCUAUCUAGAUAUAUACAAAUACUGUACUUCACUGCUUCCUUUCCCUUCCCUUCCCUUCCCUAGCCUUUUUCUUUCUUUUCCUUUGUUUAUUCUUCUCCUUCCUAGUGACCACGUGAUUUUCGGACUUGAAAAUCUGUUCAUGUCUAUUUUUCUGGGUUGGAAGAUCUUAAUUUAAUGCUACAUUAAUGGUGAUUCACGGCACAAGGGGUGUUUAUUGUGUUGUGGAUUAUUAUUCUUGAAUCAUCUUGGGUUUAUGAUUUUAUCCAAUCUUGUGUAAUUUAAUUCUUUGUUAAACUUUUCUGCUUUGGAUUUUGAGAGUUGAUGUGGGUAUGGCGGGAUAUGAGAAAGGUACAGGUUCACAUCAGGUUCCCAAAGACUCACAGGAAAAGGACCAGAAAGCAGAAUCCGACACGGCGGCCACCACCAGUUCUGGUGGCACGCCCAACAACAACCGCCGUCCUCGUGGCCGACCUCCUGGUUCCAAGAACAAGUCCAAGCCUCCUAUAAUUGUCACACGAGACAGCCCAAAUGCUCUACGAGCUCAUGUUCUUGAAGUUUCAGCUGGAAACGAUAUAGUGGAGAAUUUGGCUGUUUAUGCACGGCGGAGGGGAAGGGGAGUUUGUGUUCUAAGUGGCAGCGGCGCUGUCGAAAAUGUCACGCUCCGUCAACCCGCCGCCGCUCCUGGCGGCAGUGUGGUCACACUGCCUGGCCGAUUCGAGAUACUUUUGUUAUCCGGGACGGUGCUUCCGCCGCCUGCCCCACCGAGUGCCGGGGGGCUGUCGAUAUUCUUGUCCGGCGGGCAGGGGCAGGUGGUUGGUGGUAGUGUGUUGGGGCCUCUAAUGGCUUCCGGCCCUGUAGUGUUAAUGGCUACUUCGUUUGCAAAUGCGGUUUUUGAACGCUUGCCGUUGGAGGAAGAGGAGGGUAUUGCCGCUCAGGUUCAACCAACGGCGUCGCAAUCUUCAGGUGUGACCGCCGGUGGAGGUGGCCGGAAUGGCACUGAGGGUGGCGAUAACGGCGUUGGUGCAGGUUUAAUGCCUCCAAAUUAUCCAUUUCAAGCUGAUUUGCAAGUGUGGGGUGGAAGGUCUUCAGCUUAACCAUUUCUUGGUAUUUACUAUUUCGUGGUGUAUUCGUGCUUUGAUUUAGUAAAAAAUGCAGGUUAGUGGUGAAAAAUGGGAUAAUUUCUGGUGAUUUUGUAGCAUUUUCUCGUGACUAAAAAGUAAAAGUGGGUUGAAUCUUUAAAUA